GUUAAGCAUUUCUCUUUGGCGUUUAUUAAAUCUCUAAACAUGAUUGUAUUAGAUUAAUCAAAUUCAUGCUUUAAUUUGAAUAAUGUGGAUACAAUUAUUUGUGUUUAUUCUCAUAUUAAAGAAGGUGCUGUGUGAUGACGACACUGAUGAAGAAACACAAGAGACACUUAUAGUUGAGACAACAACUCAGCAAGUUUACGUACACACUGAUAUACCGGCAAGCGAUGUGGAUGCAGCUCUGAACUUAGACUUUGGGAAUUACACUACUAUGCGUUUUAACUAUAUCAACAGUCAAUUUGACAAUUUGUAUGCGCAAGAGCGUUGUUAUGAUGAUUAUAUAAAAUGCUUAUUGACGCAAUAUAAUUGUUUCAGAGUAGCCCCCACGCCGGUAUGCGCCUACAAUAAUUUUAUUGAACUUCAUGGUUUCCUAACUGCCUCGUCAUAUUGCGAUAUACACUUUGACAGUUGUAGAAGGACCGUGCGUUUUUGGCGUAUUCUGGACUACGGGACAUGUGAACAACUGAAACAGCACACACAAUACCCUAAAUACAUAAAGCUCGGUAUCCCUGAGACUCUAAGGGAAGCCUUGGCUAAGACUAAACACUUCUCAGUCCUGCCCUCUCCGCAUUUGGACUAUAGACAUUCUCGAAAGGUCCAAAUACUUAUGGCUAGACGUCAAUUACAAAACAAUGGUACAAAUAUAACGCCAGGACAAAUAUACUAAGUCAAUUUAUUUUGGGGUACAAGUUUUUCCUUCAAAAAUUCUUCUUAAAUUCUGUCUUAUCAGAUGUAGCCUAUGGUUUCUUUAGAGUUACCUAAGCCUACAUUUACAAUAAAUAUACUAUUCAAAACAAUAUUUUUAUAUUAAAGUUUCCUUGUCGUGUCGUGCC